UGCACACAACUCUUCCCCUUACCCACUUGGAAGAUUUCUUGAGAAUUUCUUAUACACUUUCCUGGUGUCAUCCCUCGCACAGAAGUCAAGUUUUUUAAUCCACACUGCGCCUGAGGCUCGUGACAACAUGAAAGGCUGUGUAACUUUAAUCUUAUGUGUGACAGCAUGGUCAUUCACUGCAGAUGCCAAGGACUUGUCCAUCACCACUAUAAAGCAAGAACCAUACACCAUGAGCAAAGGCUCUGGAGGAGAGCUGGAGGGCUACUGCAUUGACCUGAUAUCUGAGCUCUCCAAGAAGCUGGGCUUCACCUACAAACUGCACCUGGUGAAGGACAACCGCUACGGAGCCAUGGACUCUAGUGGGAAUUGGAACGGCAUGAUUGGUGAGGUCAUCAAAGGGGAGGCUGACCUGGCUGUGGCCCCACUGACCCUGACUGCAAUGAGAGAGCAGUUUGUGGACAUGACCACCCCCUUCAUGCAAACAGGCAUUGGCUUCAUCCUGCGCAAAGACAUGGCUUUUGAACAAAGCGCCUUCAGCCUCUUGUCACCCUUCUCCACCGACAUGUGGGUGGGUCUACUCAUCGCAUUCCUGCUGACUGGUCUCUGCAUAUUCUUGGUGGGCAGAAUCAGUCCCUCUGAAUGGGCAGAGCCAGACGCAGAGGAGCACAGCUUCACGUUGCUGCACAGCUUCUGGUACAUCACAGGAGCUCUCACCCUGCAAGGUGCUGGUCCUCACCCUAAAGCACUGUCUGGACGUCUAGUCAGCGCCAUCUGGUGGCUGUUUGCUAUACUGCUGCUGGCCUGCUACUUUGCCAACUUCAACUCCAUUCUGCACUCCAAUAACAAACACGUCUCCAUCAAGAGCUUUGAAGACCUCGCCAACCAGGAUGUGAUAGAUUAUGGCACAGUGGAAGCUGGUUCCACCAUGCAUUUCUUUAAGAAUUCCAACAACCCCGUCUACCGGCGUAUCUACCAGCACAUGGAGCGUAAGAAGAGCUAUGUGUCCAGCAUGGAGGAGGGUUAUCGUCUUGCCCAGGAGGGAAACUUUGCCUUCAUCGGUGAAGCAGUGUCCUUGGAUUUGGCAGUGGCUCGCUACUGUCAACUGACCCGCUCCCAGGAAGUCGUAGCUAUGAGAGCCUACUCGAUUGCAGCACCUCUGGGUUCCCCAUGGGUUAAGAAUCUAACCAUCGCCAUCCUCCAGCUCAGUGAAUCCGGUGAGCUGACAUACCUACGGGACAAGUGGUGGGCCAGCAGCUGUAUGGGAGCUGAUGAGGCUCAAACCUCCGAGGCCCUGCAGCCCCACGACCUACGGGGCCUCUUUCUCCUCCUUGGCCUGGGACUGGGCGUCGGACUGCUGCUGGCCCUGCUGGAGCUCUUAUCCAAGGCCCGCAACCAAGCUAAGGACAGCAAGAAAUCAUGCUGCUCUGUGCUGACAUCAGAGCUGAAUUGGCGGUUUGGCAGCGGAGGGGAGAGCGCAGAGCAGGACACUACAGACAAAAGCAAAGCCUAAAGGAAAUGUUAAUAUUUUAACAACAUAGUGUCAAAAAUGUGGAUAAGCUGAGUGUUUUCUUCCUGUUCCAUCGAACAAACUAGCUUUACAUGUUUCCAUAGUAACGAUCAUGUGUUGUUUUUGUUCAGUGUGUUUUGUAUCCUUUAAGAAAAACUUAGUGGCCACCGGAAUCAUCAUCAUCAUCAUCAACUAGCAGCUGCAUUGUAUUAAGCAACAAACUAAGGGACUCACAACUUCACACUUUCUGCAGAUAUACUAAUACUUUUUGUGUAUUGAUUUGUUUACUGUUGAAUAUCAAUAGAUUUUUUUUGAUCAAAGGUUAUCAAAUGUCCAAAUGCCACCCCCUACUAAUUAAAAUGUAUCUCUUCAUGAUUCAUAA